GAACAAUAUGUCCUUAUUGUUAUUGUCUUCGUAUUAUCCAUGGCAUCAGCGGAUCAAAACGGUGUCAUAGGAAGUGGCCGCGUUAUUAGGGACUACUUUAUCAAGGCGGUGAAAGUCGACUGGGACUAUCUUCCGCUGCAGAUGAACGUGGUGGAUUCAUACGACACAUACUGGCACGACACGCUCCUGCGCCGGAACAAUCGCGUGGGCAGCAAAUACUGGAAGUACGUGUACAGGCGAUUCACCGACGACACCUUCACAACCGAGAUCACCACCCCAAAAUCAUUCGGCAUUGUCGGCCCCUUGUUGAGGGGAGAGGUCGGCGACACUAUCCGUGUCCACUUCCGGAACAACGUUUCGGUCCCGCUCUCUGUGCAUCCGCAUGGGGUUCAGUACACGAAGUUGAAUGAAGGUGCCCUCUAUCAGGACAACACCAGCCAGAGGAACAAGGCGGACGAGAGCGUCGGUCCCGGAGGUAGCUACGUGUACACGUGGGAGGUCACUUCUGGUUUCGCGCCACGUGACGGCGACCCCAAUUGCAUCCCGUUCGGGUACCACUCUCAUGUAAACGCGGAAAAAGAAACGAACGCAGGCCUAUUGGGACUUUUGGUCAUAUGUAGAUCGGGUAUUCUGACACCCCUUGGCGUGCGCUCCGACGUAGAUAGGGAGCUCGUCCUAUAUUUUGACUCUAUCGAUGAGGGCAAAUCAUGGUUGGUUCAUGAGAACCUAGAACGUUGCGGCGACCCCGCUGAAUGCAAGCGUCUGGCCGACGCGGGCGAUCCGGAUUUUGAGGAAAGCUUGAAGAAGGAUUCCAUUAACGGCUAUAUGUAUGGCAAUUUACCGGAACUAACUGUCUGCGCCGGCGACCGUGUGGCCUGGUACAUCUUUUCACUCAGCGCGGAGCUACAUCCGGUAAACAUCCUCGGACAGACUUUCCUUGAGAGCGGUCAAAGAAAAGCCGUCGAGGGUAUAUGGUCGGCGACUUUCCGGGAAGCGGAAAUGGUGGCUCGUAACCCUGGGAGAUGGCUCGUUCAGUGCAUGAACUCAGAACACAACAGAAAUGGCAUGAAAGUUGAAAUGGCCGUGGAGGAUUGUGGGAAAACAGUGAGCGAUCAGUUGAGCGGCGUUAACCGAAAGUACUUCCUAAAGGCGGAGACGGUUGACUGGAAUUACGCCCCUUCCGGUCUUAACAAGUUUUAUAACGAUAUGCCAUUGGACGCCUUAGACGCGGAAUCGAGGAUAUACUUCUCCAAGUCCCACAACGGCAAGCGGCUCAUCGGGGGCACGUACAGGAAAUCGCAGUUCGUUGAAUACAUGACAAUCAACUACGCGGCGCGCGUCAAACGGACACCGGAAGAGGAACACCUGGGCAUCCUAGGGCCUGUGAUAAGGGCCGAGGUCGGGGACACUAUUACCGUUAUACUGUACAACACGUGCCCCCACAACGUGUCCAUAUUUCUUCAAGGCGUGAGUCUUGCCAUUUCGCAGAGUGGCGUCAACUCUAAAUUUCCGAUUGAUUCCACGGGUAAUACCGGCCAUUUUAUCAGUCCUGGUGAAAUUGGCACCUACAGUUUCACGGUACCCUGGGCGGUUGCCCCAGGCGACGAUGACCCGGACUGCCUGACCUACAUCUAUCACUCGAACGCAUAUAUGGAGCGUGACGUCAGUUCCGGUCUAAUUGGUCCCCUGCUUGUCUGCAAGCCGGGGACCCUCGAUCCGGUCUCUGGAAAGCAGAAAUAUGUGGAUCGGGAGAUGUUCCUGUAUUUAUCGAGUAUCGACGAGAAUUAUUCCUGGCACAUCGAACACAACGUCGCUUUUUACGUUAACACGAACGUCACUAGUGUCGACGUCACUGAUGAAGAUUUUGUUGAAUCUAACAUCAUGAGAUCUUUCAACGGUCGUUCCUAUGGAAACCUAGAAGGUCUGCACAUGUGUCGAGAUGAAAAUGUUGUCUGGCACAUGCUCAACUUCGGGCAGACGGAGGGCAACCAUGCGGUAACGUUCAAUGGAAACAACGUCAACAUCAACGGCAUCAAUCGGGACUCUCACGUGAUAAUGUCCGGACAAGGUUUCAGUGCUGUGAUGAAACCAAUAAAUGCUGGUAAUUGGUCGGUUUUUUGUCACAACACCAUCCACUAUGACGCCGGGAUGACGGCCCUGUACCACGUGGACACAUGCGGGGCGAGUUCCCCCCCUUUCUACCAGGUCACAGGCAAGGUCAGGCGCUACUACAUCGCCGCUGUGGAGCGGAAGUGGGACUACUCGCCACGCACAAUUCAUCCGAUAGAUGGCUCCAACUAUUCGGACCCGUCGCACGCUCAACACCACCGGGUAGAAAAAGGCGGAAAGUUCGUCGGAAGCGUGUAUACAAAGGCUGUAUACCGUGAAUAUACCGACGCAACUUUCUCAUUGGAGAAGCAACGAGGUCCCGAGGACAUUCACCUUGCUGUUCUCGGACCGUUUAUCAAAGCGGAGGUGGGUGAUACUUUGAUCGUCGUGUUCAAAAACGCUGCGUCACGACCGUAUUCAAUUCAUGCGCACGGACUUCUGUAUAACAAAUCCAAUGAAGGCAUGAAGUAUAAUGACGGACAAAGCAUGCCCGUAGGAGACGCCGUACCACCCGGAACUACUUUUACAUACACGUGGCAGGUACCUAGCUCUUCGGGUCCAACUAAUAUUGGUCAAAAUUGUAUAAAUUUUAUGUAUCACUCCGCGGUAGAUCCAGUUCGCGAUGUGUACUCCGGCCUGGCAAGCCCGAUUGUCGUCUGCCGACCUGGGACAUUAGAUCAGCACGGUAAACGUAUUGAUUCCGUGGAAAAAGAAUUCGCACUACUUUUCUUGGCCUUUGACGAGAACAAAAGCUGGUAUAUUCAGAAAAAUAUCAAGGAAAAUUGCCCGCAGGCCGAUACGAGUUCCUCUGAUUUCAUUGAAAGCAAUAAAUACGAUUCCAUAAACGCAUUGAUUUACAACAACGUUGAAGGCUUGGUCGCGAAGUCUGGUGAUAAUAUUGCCUGGUACAUCAUGGGCCUAGGCGAGAACGAAGACCUUCACACGGUUCACUUUCACGGGCAUACCUACACGUAUCGCACCGAAAAGACGCACGAAGGGGACGUUAUAGAGGUGUUUCCGGGUACGUACGAGACGGUGGAAAUGUUCGUUACAAGUCCUGGCAUUUGGCUCUUACAUUGUCACGUUGCCGAGCACAUGGAAGACGGAAUGGUGGCCACUUAUACGGUGAUUCAAUAAACUGAUUUGUGUUGUUGUUAGCCUGAUCGUAUGUUUACCGUAGACAACCCGUUCUGUUUUGUUUCGUAUUAUAUUAAAACUACAAUGUAUAUCUAUAUUUCUGUUUAGCAUUCAUGUACUUCUUUUUUUUAAAUAGUUAUGUUUUAAUCCUUAUUGUAUCUCAAUUUUAUAUUCUGAAUUUCGUGUUAUUUCAUUGCCCAAUGUAAAAAUACAGAGAAUCUUUAAUAUCUUUAGCAUUUGGAAAUUUUUUGUAAGAAUUGACACGUCGAUGUUUAUUCAGAGACAUAACAUUUUCUACUUUACAAAGUGCUUUUCUGUCUUCUACAAAGGGUGAGGUUUUCGUUUGAAAUGUAUUAUAUAGUCAAAAUGGUGAACGCUUAUAGUAAGGAGGAUUAAAUGGACAACGCCCAAAGUCAACAUGUUCGCGAAACAUUUUGAAAAAACUUGAUCAAAACCUUUGUUGGGUUUUUCCAAUUAAACGUUAUUGGAUGUAACACACCGGUAAGAGUUGCUGUUUUCCAAAUAAAUUUUAAAAACAUUUUUUAUUACGAAUUUUUUUAGUGCAUAAGAGACAGAUUUUUAUGCUGCUUAUGAAAAUGUGAAAUACAUCAGAAUUACUAUAAUUAAUAAGCAUGUUUUCUUGUUCAAAAAUCCAUGUAAACUACACGUAAUGUGUCACGCAAGGUGAAAUUUUGUCACCGAUUUCAGACUUUUUCAAUGAUUUAUUCAUAUACCUUAAGAUUGGCACAAUCUGCAAGAAAAGCUGUAUUUUAUGCACAAAAGAUGUCUGCUCUGUGCUGUGUUGCAGACGUAUACAUUAGUUUUCGCGCUAUAUAUUUCAUAUUUUUCACUCACCACAUUAAGAAUAAACAUAUUUCAAUCAUAAUAUUGAAUGUUACUUUCCCAACUUAGGAAGGAUAUAUUUUUAUUCAUAAAUUCAUUCACUGUGCGCCUUGUUCACACAGUGCAGGUAGAUUGAUAGACUGUUAUGCCUAUAUUUGCAUUCUUAUACGGAAACCUCGAUUAAUGGUGCUUUUGUUACAAAUUAUUGUUAACCAAUACAAAUAACAUUUUUGCAAUCAAUCGGUAUUCGUUUGUAGCUCACCUGAGCACAACAUGCUCAUGGUGAGCUUUUGUGAUCGCCUUUUGUCCGUCGUGCGUCGUCUGUCGUCAACAUUUUGCCUUGUGAACACUCCAGAUGCCACAUUUAUUGUCUGAUCUUCAUGAAACUUGGUCAAAACAUUUGUCCUAUUGAUACCUCGACUGAGUUCGAAACUGUGUCAUGCUGGGUCAAAAACUAGGUCACUAGGUCAAAAAAGAAAAACCUUGUGAACACUGUAGAAGGCACAUUUGAUGCCCAAUGUUCAUGUAAAUUUGUCAAAAUGUUUGUCUAAAUAAUAUGUUGGUUGAGUUCAAAAAUGGUUCCGGUCCAUUGAAAAACAUGGGGCAGUAUUCCUUAUUCAUGUAUGGCUUUAGAGAAACCUUGUGAACACUCUAGAAGUCACAAUUAUUGCCCAAUCAUUAUGAAACUUGGUCAAAACAUUGGUUUUAUUGAUAUCUCGGAUGAGUUAGAAAAUGGUCCAUAUCGGUGAAAAAACAUGGCUGCCAGGGGGUGGGGCAGUUUUCUCUAUAUGUAUAUAGUGAAAACAUUUGAACACUCUAGAAGUCACAUUUUUGGUCUAAUCUUCAUGAAAUGUGGUCAGAACAUGUGUUUGCUAGAUAUGAUGGUUUAGUUUGAAAAUGGUUCAGAUCGGUAAAAAAAACAUUGCCGCCAGAGGGGGGGUCAUUUUCCUUAUAUUUAUAUAGUAAAAAAAGCUUGUGAAAACUCUAGAAGUCACAUUAUUUGCCUAAUCAUCAUACAAAGUUUCAAACAUCGAUGUUAUAGAUAUCUCGGACGAGUUCGAAAAUGGUCAUGAUGGGUGGAAAAACAUGGCCGCCAGGGGGUGGGGCAGUUUUCUCUAUAUGUAUAUAGUGAAAACAUGUGAACAGUCUAUAAGACAUAUUUUUUGCCCAAUCUUCAUGAAAUUUGGUCAGAACAUUUGUUUCCUGUGUAGUAAAUUAUGGUUUUUUUAUGUCAUUAUUAUGUAACAUUAACAGUAUUAUGUAAUUUUUCAUAACACAGAAUUUUCAUAAUUAACAUAACUGUUUAAGUCAUUAGCACUUAUGAUAAGCCGUCAACUAAGAGAUAGCUGAAAGAAAGACAACAUGUACAUAAUUUUGCAGUAUUUAUCUCCCUUGUUUAACCUGGUUUAGUAAUAUAUUUUAUGCACAACUUCGAAGAAGAGGGGGUAUAUUGUUUUGCACAUGUCGGUCCGUCGGUCGGUCCGUCCACCAGAUGGUUUCCGGAUGAUCACUCAAGAAUGCUUACGCCUAGGAUCUUGAAACUUCAUAGGUGCAUUGAUCAUGACUGGCAGAUGACCCCUAUUGAUUUUCAGAUCACUAGGUCAAAGGUCAAGGUCACAGUGACUCUUAAAUAGUAAAAUGGUUUCUGGAUGAUAACUCGAGAAUGCUAACCCCUAGGAUCAUGAAACUUCAUAGGUACAUUGAUCAUGACUGGCAGAUGACCCCUUUUGAUUUUCAGGUCACUAGGUCAAAGGUCAAGGUCACAGUGACAAAAAUCGUAUUCACACAAUGGCUGCCACUACAACUGACAGCCCAUAUGGGGGGCAUGCAUGUUUUACAAACAGCCCUUGUUAGUUCUGCUCUUGAAUUUGGGAGGAUAUUGAUCAUUGAUAAAUGGACUGUUCUGAGGGAAAAUAGACUCUUCUGCCAGUGCUCUCAGAACUGUAUAAAAUAAGCUGUUUUGGCUGAUUUAAUCACCUCUUGAUGCUUUCUUGAAAAGGUAACAGCUCUUGUAAAUGGUUGGAAUUUUAAAAUAAUUAAACUCUAAAUUAUUGUAACAAUAGAUUAUUUUCAUUUGGUAUUUUCUAAAUUAGAAAGACUCUAUUUUAUUACAAUAACUUUAGUAAAUUCUUGUUACUUUUACAUUUGAUUCACUGAAGUUUCCUAAUCUCCAUAAAUUGUGUUCUUUAGAUUAAGUUAGACCUAUUUUCUAAACUAGAUUUUUGAAGCAACUUCUAGACUUACAGUAACUAAUAUUUAUGUCAGUUUUUUUUACAGAUUGUGAACUUAUUUUUACAUUCAUUAAGGUAUUUGCUGUAUUUUGUUCAUUUUUGUAACGAUACUUAGAUUCUUUAGACUUGGCUUGUACCUGUUCUUAAUUCUCUGGCAUUGUUCUUUAUUUCCCGAGUUCUUGGAAUAAAAGUUAGUUAUUUUUCGUUAAA